GGCAUUUCCCCUGACAUGAUGAAGCUAAUUAUUGAGUAUGCCUAUACUAGGACAGUCCCAGUCACUGCUGACAAUGUGGAGCGGCUACUGGCUGCAGCAGACCAGUUCAACAUCAUGGGCAUUGUCAGGGGGUGCUGCGAGUUCUUAAAGUCUCAGCUGUGCUUGGAAAACUGCAUCGGCAUCUGCAAGUUCACAGAGUACUACCACUGCCCGGACCUGCGGCAGACGGCCUACAUGUUCAUCCUGCAUAACUUCGAGGAAAUGGUGAAGGUGUCUACGGAGUUUCUAGAGCUCUCGGUCAAUGAGUUUAAAGACAUCAUUGAAAAGGACGAACUCAACGUGAAACAAGAAGAUGCAGUGUUCGAGGCCAUUCUCAAAUGGAUUUCCCAUGAUCCCCCAAACAGGAAACAGUACAUUUCAGCCUUGCUGCCUAAGGUUCGACUAGCGCUGAUGCAUGCGGAGUAUUUUAUGAACAACGUUAAAAUGCACGACUAUGUAAAGGACAGUGAGGAAUGCAAGCCUGUCAUCAUAAAUGCACUGAAAGCCAUGUAUGAUCUCAACAUGAACGGCCCCUCAAGUUCCGAUUUCACCAACCCGCUCACGAGGCCUCGCCUGCCCUAUGCAAUUUUGUUUGCUAUUGGUGGAUGGAGCGGGGGUAGCCCAACCAAUGCCAUUGAAACGUACGACGCCCGGGCAGACAGAUGGGUGAAUGUCACAUGUCAGCAGGAAAGCCCCCGUGCUUACCACGGUGCUGCCUAUUUAAAAGGUUACGUCUAUAUCAUUGGAGGAUUCGACAGUGUGGACUAUUUUAAUAGCGUCAAACGGUUUGACCCACUUAAGAAAACAUGGCACCAGGUUGCUCCCAUGCACUCGAGACGCUGCUACGUGAGCGUCACCGUUCUUAACAACUUCAUCUACGCCAUGGGAGGGUUCGACGGCUACGUGCGGCUCAACACAGCAGAACGAUACGAGCCAGAGACAAACCAGUGGACGCUGAUUGCACCCAUGCACGAACAGAGAAGCGACGCGAGCGCCACCACGCUGUAUGGAAAGGUCUAUAUAUGUGGUGGGUUCAAUGGAAAUGAAUGCCUAUUCACAGCUGAAGCAUAUGAUGCUAAGACAAACCAGUGGACGCUAAUCGCACCAAUGAGAAGCAGAAGAAGUGGAAUAGGAGUAAUAGCUUACGGAGAACACGUCUAUGCGGUAGGAGGCUUUGACGGCGCCAACCGUCUUCGGAGUGCAGAAGCCUACAAUCCAGUUGCCAACACCUGGCGUACAAUCCCAACCAUGUUUAAUCCCCGUAGUAAUUUUGGCAUUGAAGUGGUGGAUGACCUUCUGUUUGUGGUGGGUGGCUUUAAUGGUUUCACUACCACAUUCAAUGUUGAAUGUUACGAUGAAAAGACUGAUGAGUGGUAUGAUGCCCAUGACAUGAGCAUAUACCGUAGUGCUUUGAGCUGCUGUGUGGUGCCAGGACUAGCCAAUGUUGGGGAGUACGCUGCCAGACGAGACAACUUUAUAGGAUUAUCACAGCGAGAUGAAGUCAAAUACUCCUCUUCGACAAGUACCCUACCUGUAUGA